ACGCGGCGGGUGCGGAGAACGCGGCGGAGCGAGCGAGCCGGCGGGCGGGUGAGCGAGGACAAGGCCAUGGACAGCAAGAUCCAGCGGGUUCGCGACGCGUUCGCGUCCGGCCGGUCGCGCCCCCUGAGGUUCCGGCUGCAGCAGCUUGAGGCCCUGCGCAGGAUGGUGCAGGAGCGCGAGAAGGACAUCCUGGAGGCCAUCGCCGCCGACCUGUGCAAGAGUGAACUCAAUGCAUACAGUCAGGAGGUCAUUACCGUUCUUGGAGAACUUGAUCUCGUGCUGGAGAAUCUUCCUGAAUGGGUCGCUGCUAAGCCAGCUAAGAAGAAUCUGUUCACCAUGCUGGAUGAGGCCUACAUUCACUCAGAGCCCCUGGGAGUCGUACUGAUUAUCGGAGCCUGGAACUACCCUUUCGUUCUCACCAUUCAGCCUCUGAUAGGAGCCAUUGCGGCAGGAAAUGCUGUCAUUAUCAAGCCUUCUGAACUAUGUGAAAAAACAGCCACGGUCUUGGCCAAACUCCUGCCACAGUAUUUAGACCAGGACCUGUAUGUCGUUAUCAAUGGUGGCGUGGAGGAAACCACAGAGCUGCUGAAGCAGCGAUUUGACCACAUUCUCUAUACGGGAAGCACGGCGGUGGGAAAAAUCGUCAUGGAGGCCGCCGCCAAGCACCUGACCCCUGUGACUCUUGAACUAGGAGGGAAGAGUCCGUGUUACGUGGACAGAGACUGUGACCUGGACGUCGCCUGCAGGCGCAUAGCAUGGGGGAAGUACAUGAAUUGUGGUCAGACCUGCAUUGCUCCUGACUACGUUCUCUGCGAACCAUCCCUCCAGAAUCAAGUUGUGCAGAAGAUUAAGGAAACCGUGAAGGAAUUUUAUGGAGAAAAUAUAAAAGAAUCCCCUGAUUACGAAAGGAUCAUCAAUCUUCGCCAUUUUAAGAGGAUACAGAGUUUGCUUGAAGGACAAAAGAUAGCCUUUGGUGGCGAGACCGACGAGGCCACACGCUAUAUAGCACCAACGAUCCUUACCGACGUCGAUCCCGAAACCAAGGUGAUGCAGGAAGAAAUUUUCGGACCAAUUCUUCCAAUAGUGCCUGUGCGGAAUGCCGAUGAAGCCAUAAAGUUCAUAAACAACCGUGAAAAGCCUCUGGCCUUCUACGUCUUUUCUCAUAACGAGAAGCUCAUCAGACGGAUGAUUGACAGCACGUCCAGCGGUGGCGUCACGGCCAACGACGUCAUCAUGCACUUCACGCUCAGUUCUUUACCCUUUGGAGGAGUGGGUUCCAGUGGGAUGGGCGCUUACCACGGCAAACAUAGUUUUGAUACUUUCUCGCAUCAGCGUCCCUGCUUACUGAAAACUUUAAAGAGGGAAGGUGCUAACAAGCUCAGGUACCCUCCCAACAGCCAGUCAAAGGUGGAUUGGGCCAAAUUUUUCCUCCUGAAACGCUUCAACAAAGGAAAGCUCGGUCUCCUGUUACUUGCUUUCCUGGGCAUCGUGGCGGCUGUGCUUGUCAAGGCGGGAUACUACUGAAGAAAGAUCCUGUUCAACCUCCUAGUUGCCUGUACUGAAUUAUGCCUCUCUUAAAUAGUUAACGAACCAUUUUAAAAUCCUGCCAAAAAUAGGAAGGAAAUAUGCAAAUGCACCCUAAUCAAGCCUGCAAGUCAUUGCCACUCACCAUUAAUAAAACUUCCCGUUUCGUCUGACCGCCCCCCCCCAGCCUUCCCCCACUGUGGGGGUACACUCAGAGAACGUCUUUUACGUUGUGUUCCUCAGCUCGCGGUGGGGGGUGGGGUGGGGGCGGAGAAGGUACUAGGCUGACUCCCAGGGAGAUGUGAAAGGAGUCUCUGAACCUGUUGAGUGACUUCUUACUCCAGUUCAUGGGACACAGGACCCCCCCACCCCCCCACCUUCCGCCAUCACUCUGUGAAGCUUCCAGGGGGCUCCUCCCUGCCCGGGGUUAUCAACAGCCCUCUGUAGCCCACAGAGGUGAGGAAAGCUCUUCCCAGCCCUGCCUGAGGUUUGAGGCACCGGAUCUGUGUGUUGGGGAUGGGGGGAGGUCCCUGUCCCUCACCCACUGGGUGGUGGUCCCGUCCAUUCUCCACCCACUCUUGUAUUUGGUUUGUGACAGUCUUUUGUGGCCAUCCGCAGAUGCCUUCUGUAACUAACGCCACGCAAGACUUCCCGCAGAUCCCAGGGCUUCCAGGGAAGACAGUUGCCAAUUUCCAUGCAAGUAUCACCCGUCAUUCUUACUGGGCAGGAGUUGUAGAAUUCUGCAUCUUAUAAAACCUAACUGGCACUUUUAUUAUGCUGUAAUAAAAUUACUUACAACAACACUUAUUCUCAGGGGCGCCUGGGUGGCUCAGUCGGUUGGGCGUCUGACUGCAGCACAGGUCACAAUUUCGC